UCUCCCACAGUGAACCGCUGGACAGCUCCCGUUACGAGUAUUCGGAGCCUGCAUGUUCUUUCCCAAGUCUCGGGGAUUUCUACCGCGUUACGCUUGGAGCCUUUGCGCAGAAAAAGAUGGUGAACUAACGGUUUUAGUUGUUGCUUCACAACUUGUAAACUUAUCACCGCCGUACCUGCUUUUUGUUGCUAUUGUAUUGGGAGAUUUUCUUUGGAGCAACCGGUUCCAUACGCACGGCGUUAACGAACGAAUUCGUGCGUUGUGUGGUUUUUAGAGAAGGAUUUUUGUGAUAGUGGGACUAGUGUCGCUCAGCGGUGAAGCGCAAUCAUGGAGGGAUCAUUUGGAUGUAUUUGGGCGAAAAGACUUUCGGCAUUUGUCUGGUUAUGCUAUCUCGCCGGCGAUUCAACAUCAUAUAGUGCAGAGACCUCAUCGUCAUCUCCGUCCCAGACAGGCCAGGUGUUCUUGGACUUCAGCUUGGUUCUGGAACCCCAGGACACGGUGACAUUGCGGGGCGGUGUUCUCCAGCUGGACUGCGAGGCUCAGUCAGAUCAGGGUAUUCCAGUUAUCGUCUGGAAGAAGGACGGGGUGCUGCUCAGCGCCGUGGUGGACGAGAGGAGACAGCAGUUCCCUAACGGGUCUCUAGUGGUCCAGAACGUGGUUCACUCACGACACCACCGACCUGACGAGGGGCUCUACCAGUGUCUGGCAGCGCUGGAGGGAGUGGGGGCCAUAGUCAGUCGCACGGCUAAAGUCACAGUCUCUGGUCCCCUGAAGCUGGUGGUCCCUACAGAGUCAGUGUCCUCCUACCUGGGUGACACGGCCCUGCUGCGCUGUGAGGUGACUGGUGAUCCCAUGCCCGUGGUACGCUGGCAGAAGAACAGAGAGGACCUGCCCCUCACCUUAACCCCAGAUAGCAGGGUCGUGGUACUGCCCUCCGGCUCGCUCCAGGUUAGCAAGGUUCAACCACCAGACUCUGCCACCUACCGCUGCCUGGCAGACAACCCUGGCAGCGCCCGCACCGGCAGUGACGCAGACCUACGAGUGUUGCCAGAGCCUGGAACCACCAGGGGCCUUCUGUUUCUCCAGCAGCCCCAGGGAGUCACCUCCCUCCUGGGGAGAGAUGCUGUGUUGGAGUGCUCUGCUUCGGGGUUCCCCACCCCCGCCUUCCACUGGAUGAGAGGCACUGAGAUUAUCCAGAGCAGGUCGAAGAAGUACUCCCUCCUGGGCGGCAGUAACCUCCUGAUCAGCAGUGUAACAGACGAUGAUUCAGGCUCCUACAGCUGCGUGGCGUUUAACAAGAACCAGAACAUCACGGCUUCCUGCGAGCUCUCCGUUCUCGUGCCACCCCAGUUCCUGAACUACCCCACCAACACGUAUGCCUAUGAGAGUACGGACAUGGAGCUGGAGUGUGCUGUAACGGGGAACCCUCCUCCUACGGUGCGCUGGAUGAAGAACGGAGAGGAGGUCAUCCCCAGUGACUACUUCCAGAUCGUUGAUGGCAGUAACCUCCAGAUCCUUGGUCUGGUGAAGUCAGAUGAAGGUUUCUAUCAGUGUGUGGCUGAGAACGAAGCAGGGAACGCCCAGGCUAUGGCCCAGCUCAUACUGAGAGAGUCAGUUGUCCCCAGCUCAGGUGUCCUCCUCCCCUCUGCUCCCCGUGACGUGGCCCCUGUCCUUGUGUCCAGCCGUUUUGUCCGCCUCAGCUGGCGCCCCCCGCAGGAGACCAGAGGAACUGUCCAGACUUACGGCAUCUACUACUCCCAGGACACAGUCAACAGGGAGAGGUCUGUGAACGUGUCGGAGCCAGAGACCCUCCAGUUGACUGUCAGUAACCUGAAGCCAGAGGAGACCUACUCCUUCAGAGUGGUGGCCUACAACGACAACGGCCCCGGAGAGAGAUCCGAGACACUCAAACUCACCACUCCGCCAGAGUUGCUGGUCCCCGGGCCGGUGGAGAACCUCCAGGUAGAGUCCAUCUCCCCCACCUCCAUCCGGGCCUCCUGGGACGCCCCGGUCUACGCCAACGGGCCCCUGCUGGGGUACAGACUGCUCUGGACUGAGACACCCUCCGGCAAGGAACAGAGUGUGGAGGUGAACGGGCAGAGUUAUAAGAUGGAGGGACUUCAGAAGUUCACAGAGUACUCGUUAUGUGUGCUGGCGUUGAACCGCUACGGCCCUGGGAUCAGCACAGAGGACAUGAGCAUCACCACGCUUUCUGAUGUACCGAGUGGCCCUCCACAGAACAUCUCCUUGGAAGUAGUUCUGUCAAGAAGCAUUAAGGUGAGCUGGCAGCCCCCUCCUCCCAACAGCCAGAACGGGUUCAUCACCGGCUAUAAGCUCCGACACCGGAAGACCGGCCGACGAGGAGACCAGGAGGCCAUCGAACCUAACAACUUCUGGUACCUGUUCACAGACCUGGAGAAAGGCAGUCAGUACAGUUUCCAGGUCUCUGCCAUGACAGCUAACGGCACGGGCCCAGCCAGCGAGUGGUUCACCGCCGAGACGCCAGAGAAUGACCUUGACGAGAGCCAAGUCCCGAACCAGCCGAGUUCCCUCCACGUCCGACCCCUGCCCAACAGCAUCAUCAUGAGCUGGACUCCUCCCCUAAACCCCAACAUUCUAGUACGGGGUUACAUCAUUGGCUACGGAGUAGGAAGUCCCUACGCCGAGACGGUCAGGGUGGACAGUAAGCAGCGAUACUACGCCAUAGAAAACCUGGAGCCCAGUUCCCACUAUGUCAUCUCCCUAAAGGCGUUCAACAAUGCAGGAGAGGGUGUCCCCCUGUAUGAGAGUGCUGUGACCAGGUCUAUAACAGACUCCAUUGAUCCGUCAGACGACGACCUGUUCCAUCUGUUUGAUAAAUAUCCUACUCCCAUGCCAGAUACGUCCACCCCCAUGAUCCCCCCAGUAGGUGUCCAGGCCGUGGCCCUGACCCCAGACUCUGUCAGGGUCAGCUGGGCCGACAACUCCAUGACCAAGAACCAGAAGAGCACUGAGGUUCGCUACUACUCCGUCAAGUGGAAGACCAGCUACUCUACUAGCGGGAAGUUCAAGUCUGCAGACACUACAGCCCUCAGCCACACAGUCACUGGCCUCAAACCCAACACCAUGUACGAGUUUGCUGUCAUGGUCACCAAGGGCCGUAAGUCCAGCACGUGGAGUAUGACAGCUCACGCUACUACAUAUGAAACGUCUCCCAGCUCCGCCCCUAAGGACCUGACGGUGAUCAGCAGGGAGGGAAGACCCAGAGCCAUCCUGAUCAGCUGGCAACCCCCCAUGGAGGCUAACGGACGAGUCAUGGGCUAUAUCUUGUACUACACCCUGGAUAAGAACAUGCCUAUAGAUGACUGGGUAAUGGAGAGUAUCAGUGGAGACCGUCUGACCCACCAGGUGAUGGACCUGAACCUGGACACCGUCUACUACUUCAGGAUCCAGGCUAAGAAUGCCAAGGGAGUGGGUCCCCUGUCAGACCCCAUCCACUUCAGGACUAACAAAGUGGAACACCCAGACAAGAUGGCUAACGAUCAAGGUCGCCAUGGAGACGGAAGCUACUGGCCCUCUGACAACAACCUGAUUGAUAGGAGCAGUCUGAACGACAUUGGUCAGAUGCGUCCUCCUCACGGCAGUGUGACGCCCCAGAAGAACAGCAACCUCCUGGUCAUCAUCGUGGUCUCCGUGGGAGCCGUUACUGUGGUAGUGGUCAUCAUAGUAGCGCUGAUCUGCACCAGGCGCUCCUCCGCACAACAGAGAAAGAAGCGUGCCACUCACAGUACAGGGAAGCGAAAAGGUAGUCAGAAGGACCUGAGACCUCCAGACCUGUGGAUCCAUCAUGAGGAGAUGGAACUGAAGAACAUUGAGAAGCCUACCAGCGCCGCCCCCUCUGGAUGUGAUUCGCCCAUCCAGGGUUCCAUCCAGGAAAUCCGGUCUCAGUCUGUCAGUCACAGCCAAUCAGAGAGUCAGAUGGGAAGCAAGAGCAGCCACUCAGGUGUGGACAAUGACGAGGCUUCCAGCUGCAUCUCUACGUUAGAGCGCUCCCUAGCUGCCCGGAGGGCAACACGUACCAAGCUGAUGAUCCCCAUGGACUCUCAGCCCAGCAACACCCCUGUUGUCAGUGCCAUCCCAGUGCCAAUUCUGGAGAGCAGUCAGUACCCUGGCAUCCUGCCCUCGCCCACCUGCGGGUACAACCAUGGUACUCUGACCACCCACCCCAAGUUCACCCUGAGACCCAUGCCCUUCCCCAGCCUCACCGUGGACCGAUGCUACGCAGCAGCGAUGUCAACAGAGAGUCCGCUGGGGGUUCAGCAGCAGCAGCAGCAUACUCUGAUUACCAGCAGCAGCAGUCAGCCAGGUGUAGGAGGAGCAGGAGGUGGAGGUGAGCUCUCUCUCCCUGGCGCAGAAGAGGUAGGGGCCACCUCUACCCGUACCAUCCCCACCGCCUGUGUCAGGCCAACGCACCCCCUACGAAGCUUCGCCAAUCCCCUCCUGCCUCCCCCCAUGGGGACCAUCGACCCCAAGGUCUACACACCCAUGAUGCCACAUUCAAGUGCCAGCCUUCCCAAGCCAACAGUAAAAACAGCAUCUCUGGGGCAAGUUGGCAAGGCCAGAUCACCACUACUACCGGUCUCCGUGCCAACAGCCCCCGAGAUGGGUGAAGAGGGACAGAAACAACCAGAAGACUCAGCCAAUGUUUACGAACAGGACGACUUGAGUGAACAGAUGGCGAGCCUAGAGGGACUCAUGAAGCAACUCAACGCCAUCACUGGCUCGGCCUUUUAACCCCAGCAGCCCUGGCAGAGUCCCACCCAGACAGUCCGUCAGACCUUAA